AUGGAGAAGCUCUUUACGGCAACAAACUAUCCCGUUGUUGAGAUGGUACCUAUUGGGACGUAUUACUUGAAGAAAAAGGUUGAUAACUGGUGGGGUGCAGUGAAGGUUGCAUGUAUGGCUACUGUUGGAUUUGGGCGGACUCAGUUCUCCGCCAAGCUGAAGGAGGGGUUCUACCCUGAUGAGUUGCGUUGGCAGAAGCAGGAAAAGUUCCUAUCUCUGACUCAGGGGAAUAUGGAUAUCCAAAGGUAUACCGAUCGCUUUAUCAAACUGUCUAAGCUUGCUGGUACUGUCAUUCCCACUGAAGCUGAGAGAGUUAAGCGGUACAUAAAGAAGAUGGAUCCUAGGGUAAGGACCCUUGUGCUAUGUUCGGGAGUUACUACUUUCCAGGCUGCUUAUGAAAUGGCCAUGAGUGUCCAUGCGUCAGUAAAGGAAGAAGAAACUGCUAAGGUUGUGUCUGUGAGGAAGCAUGUCCCUUCUUUUGCUCCUGCUCCGACUAAGAAGCCGAGGUUUGAACCGAAUUUCGGUGGUGGAUAUCAAGGUUCCAGUUCUAGGCCGAGUUAUGAUCUGUCCAAGUGUCAGAGGUGUGAGAAGCCUAAUCAUCCGGGAAAAGAUUCUGAUGGAUCUGCUAUUGUUUGCUUAUACUGUAGGGAAGUGGGUCACAAGAGUUAUGAGUGCCCUAAGAAUUCGAGAGCUACAACUAAACCUCCUGCUCCUCCUAGUCAUUCUGCUCCGCCGAAGAAUCAAGUUUACAACAUGACUCAUUCUGACGCCGAUGUUCAUCCUGACGUCAUCUCUGGUACCUUUCUUGUUAAUUAUGUCCCUGCUUUUGUGUUGUUUGAUUCUAGUGCUUCAGUGUCGUGUGUGUCUAACUCAUUUGCCAAGAAAGCUAACCUGUCUUCGAGUUCUCCUCUUCGAACUCUUGUAUAUCUCUUCCUUUUGAUUCAUUGCCGCAAUCAAAAAGUGACUCUUCGUAGUUCGUGUGGCAAGCGUAUCUCCUAUAGUGGAGUAGUGUUGAAGAAAGGGGUAAAAAUCGUGUUUGCUCUCAAAAUGCAGAAACUUCGUCAGAGAGAAGAGCAAGUGUUUCUUUGUAUGGUCAAAUAUUUAACUCAAGAAGUGAAGUUAGAAGAUAUCCCCGUUGUCCGUGAGUAUCCGGACGUAUUCCCUGAUGAGUUGCCAAGUAUCCCUCCUGAAAGAGAUGUCGAGUAG